UGUUUAGUAGAGAAAAACACAUUUAAAAGACGUAUUUUAUUAAACGUUUGUGCUGGCUGCAGUAUCCUGGUGGUUUUUAUGUGACGGGUAUGGUUUAUGAGGAUUUAUUUGCGAGGCUAAAUGAGGUCGGUUAUAAGAACUGGUUAAAAGCAGGUUAUUGUCUCCUGAAAGUGAAAGACGGAUUGUGCGGAUUUGCAGAUCAUGAGAUGCGCAGUUUUCACCAGGCUGUCAUUUAUAAUAAUUCUGUCUUACAAUCACAACACACAUGCAGGAGCAACUGCAGACCAAGAGGAACUCAGUUUCAUCCUGAUUGUUUCCUCUGUGAUGAGUGGAAAAAAGAAAUAUUAAGGCACCACACAAAGCCAUCUUGUACUAUUCACUGGGGAAACUGCAGAUCCUGGCUGUGGCCCACACAACACUGGGAACUGGCCAAGGCUUUCAUGCCACGAGGACUGGCAGAUUCAACUAAAGCAGAACAAUGUGAUGCUGCAGCCUUGCUCAACCUCUUCAACUUUUGUGACCAGUUUAACUUCAUUAAUAGGAGACUUCUUAUAGAGGUAAUUCGCUGUAGGAAUGAGUUAAUGCACUCAUGUGAGAUGCGGGUCUCAGACCAGUGGAUGGCACACUUUCAGAAGAGUCUAGAGCAAGUGUUACUUCCCCUACGCCACAUCCCUGAAGUGGCAGCAGCAGGUCAACAGAUCCAGCAGAUGCUGUCAGUUGACCUGUCCGUGAACAUCCCAGGGGUGGACAGUGUGGACGGGGCUGAAACUGAUGGAGUUUUGAUUGAAUCAAUCAGCCAGUGGGAGACUGAACUGCUCAGGGAAAGUCUGAGAGACUUACUAGACAAUAGUGAAAAUGAGGGGAAUCUCACAGCUGUGGAGCUGGAGAACAUGCAAAGGUUCUAUAGAUUUCUGACCAGUCAAAAGGAUCUUGAGGAGCAGUUCAGCACUGAACUUCAACGCAUUAAGGACUUGGAGGCAAAACAACAGAAAGAAAUACACAGUAACAAGCAGCUACUUUUCUGAAGAAACAGUAAAGGAAAGAAAAAAUGACUUUAAUAGAAGUCUAGCUGUUGUUUACAUUUGAUAUUCUUUAUAGUUAUAGGGGUAUGCUCGGUUUCAGUGUGAAUGUUGUACAAGUAUAAAACAGCUCUAUUGUUGCACUUUAUUGUGGCUGGAGAAUCUAAUUUCUAAUUAAUUUGAUUUAUGCUUUUCACAUUUAGGUCUUUUUACUGUUCAGUCUGUUUGGGUUUUGGAUUGCUCCUCAUUACCAUGCAGGAUUUACUUAAUGGGGUUUGAGCAUUACAGAUUUAACUGAUGUGCACCUAUUGUAUUUCACUCAAGUGCAUCCUUAAUAUGAAGUGGUUCUUGGAGCUGUGGGCUCUUUGUAAGAAUGGAAUGUUUUUAAGUGUCUUUGUAUCCAUGAAACAACACUAAAACGAUUUUACCAUUAUGAACCUUGUGUUUAGCUUAAUUGAUCUGGAUAUAUAAAAUAUGUGCGUAUUAAUUGUACCUAACAUUUGUAAAAU